UACAGAAUGAUAAAAUAACGAGACGAAGCUGUUGUGGUUGUAUACCAGAACAAUUUGGAGUUUUAGCCAUUUUAUCAAUGUAUCUCCUUUUUGGUUUACUAGGAUCGUUAGCUUCGUUCAUGACAUUGGCCU